CGAUAUUUAUUUAAAAUAAGAAAAUAACUGUAAAUUUGUGAAAAUUUAUGAGAAAAAUAUUAGAAUGUAUACAGAAUGGAGCUCAUUAACACCACAAAUAACAUCAAACGUCAAUGGAUCGCAACAGCUGUCAACCUUAAACAAGUUUAAUGCUUUAAUUUCGCGAGAUGUGACUUCAGCUUUAGUAAAGCAACUUUCUGGUAACCUUGGGAUUACUCAAAAGCCAGAACCAAGUCCAUUUCAAACUGAUCAAGAAGUUGCUUGGUGUAUGGAUGUCAUUUGCUUUGGUUUAUCUCUGCCUCUAGCUGAUCACGAGACUAUCAAAGAUUGCGUCAAUGUUUACUGCGAGUGGUUAACUUGUCUUCUUCCAUCCCCAAAAGUUUCAGUUCCCAAACCCAUCAUCGAUGAUCCAAACGUCUAUACUCAUAAGAUAAUAAGCCACCUACAUAAUCUCUUCGUUCCCAGACAAGGCGAAGGAAUUGAUGUAAUCAAUCGUCAAACUGUUUUAUGUCAUCGUGUAUUACGAACUCUUCAAAAUGUCGCACAAAACUCUCAAGUAUUAACAAGAGAAACAUGGGAGUCAUUACUGCUCUUUCUUCUUGCAAUUAAUCAAGUUUUGUUAUCGCCACCAACGGUUAAGGAUGAUGUGGGUGAUCAGCUUUGUGAACGUGUCUUAUCAGUUUUGUUUGAAGUUUGGUUGUUGGCAUGCGUCAAAUGUUUUCCAUCACCUUCAUUGUGGAAGACUUUUCAAGAAUCUUGCGCCAGUUGGCGUCAUCGAAUAGCACUUGUUGAACAAUGGAAUCGAGUAAAUAUAGCAUUGACAGCAAGACUCUUAGAUUUCACUUAUGGAUCGUCAUUUCCUGAGUUGAAGAUUCCUGACGAAGACAACCAAUUGAUUCCACAAGAAAUGACAAAUGAUUGCAUUGCACAAUCCUGGUAUCGAUUCUUAAGAAUGAUUGGAUCACCAAUAGCCCUUUGUUGUCCACAAGUGAUCAGUCAUACACCACAAUUUAUGCAGUACAUUUUGCUUCGUGACGAUUCAAUUGAACCUCAUCAACAUCCUUGUUUGUUGAUGCUACCACAAAUUUUUCUGAAAGCGAUGAAAGGAGUUGCGAGUCAAGUUGAUGCAUUUUUAGGUAUUUUCCAACCAGUUGUUUGGGAACAAGGAAUAAUCAUUGACAACACACUCAGCACAACUAAUCAAUCUAACACAUCCGGCGCUCAACAGCGUCAUUCUGGUGGCUCAGCUUUGACACGAAGCGCUGGUGCUGAACAAUCUUUAAGCUCUAGUAGUAAUAAUAAUUCAGUUGGUGUUGGGAGUAGAAACUUAUCAGGUGAUGGCGUACUUAUGAUGACAUCAGAUCAUCAUCAGCAGUCGUCACCAACUCCACCAUUACAAAGACGUCUUGCAAAGAGUUUCUCAGUAGCGCCAUCACAAUCUCAUUCGAAGGGCCUUUCAAAGGGUUCGCUUAUCAGUUUAACUAGUAGUCGUUCAACGAGUAUUAGUACAGUUAUGGGACCGAAUUCAGGGCCGCCAUCAGCUGGAAGUUUGACAUCAAUUUUAUCGAUUUCGAAUGAGAAUCGUUCGACGCUUGCAUCAUCGCGUCCUAAAUGCAACAGCAUUCUUCAUUUAUUCGGUGAAUGGUUGUUUGAUGCCGCUCAUAUUGGUUCCGAUAUGUGGUUGCAAUCCCUGAGAAAACAAGCAACUGAAGCCAGUCGACGUCCAAGUUCAAUGAUUAUUGAUCAAAAACGUGGACUUUCAAUUUCUCAACCUUCGUCACUUGAGUCUGAAAUGCCGAAUGGACUUACAAUCGAUAAGUACGAAUCAGGAAAAGCUGAAUCUAUUGGAGCUUUGUGUCGAAUCUUCUGUGCUAAGAAGACAAAUGAAGAAAUUCUUCCAGUUUAUCUUGCGAGAUUUUACUUGGCACUUCAACAAGGCUUGAAAGUUAAUGAGAAAAAUAAAGAAGUUGAAGAAACACUUGCAAGUAUUCUCUUCAAUUCAUCUGAUAUUUUUCGUCUCGAUCUUGAUGGAGUUAUGGUGUUAUUGCCACAUUACAUCACAGCUCUUGAAUUGGUGUUGCCUGAAAAAGAUUUAAAAAUUAAAUCUCAUAAUUUAAUCUUCAAUAAAACUGACCUGAGACGUGCAUCGAUUCAAAUUCUUCUCUCGAUACUCGCAUUGCCUUUACACUUUCAAUCGCUACCGAUUCGUGAUAUAACUGGAGGUGCUGGUGACAAAGUCAUAUCAUUUGGUCAACUUAAAUCACGACUUAUUAAUGUCAUGAUGAGUGCGUUGCAAGUUGAAACUGAUUCACAAAACACGCACAUGCUGCUUGGUGGUCUUUUGCUUUGUGUUCAAGAUUCAGUAUUAUAUGAAGAAUUUGAUAGUGGAGCAUCUGACAGCCAUUCAACAUCGGCUCGUGAAACAAACUUACUGAGUUCUGCUUGUUCUGAACGUAGUGCUUAUUCAGUAGCUAGUGGUGCUUCAAAUUCAAGUUAUGGAAACUCAAGCACUGCUACUGUCAGCAAUGAACCAACGAGUUUGAUGUCUGAUGAUUUGAUGCCUGAAGAUCUUGAAGCGGGUGCUUAUGAUAACGCCCACGCAUUAUUCGUCCGAGCAACAUACCUAAGUUGCCAUCGUCUAAUUUCUUCCUGGAAAACUGAUUUAAAUGUCUCAUUGGCAGCUUUAGAACUUCUUUCAGGCUUAGCUCGCAUGAAUAUUAAAGAAUCAGACGCAUUGGAAUGCAAGCGAGCAGUUAAAUGGAUUUGUGAUUAUAUUUGCUAUCAAUGUUCCCGUCCACCACCAUGUCACAGUAAAGAUCUUCACAGUACAAUUGUUGCUGCUUUUCAAUGUACUGCUGUAUGGUUGAUGCAACAUCCAUUUCUUCUUCAAGACAAAGACAGUUUGACGACAGUGCUGGAAGUUGUUGAACUUGGAAUUUCUGGUGUAAAGAGUGUUGGAAAGUUGGGUGAAGCGAUUAAAAUGAAAGAUGAAAAAGAGUUGAAGCCUGUUUCGAUGCGUGUUCGAGAUGCAGCUGAAACAUUGCUAACAAUUAUUCUUGAGCAAGUCGGUUACUUUCCAAACGCUUGUGGAAUUCAAUCAAUUUCAUCACUCUUAGAUGAAGUUACAUUAAUUAAACAUUGUAAUACUGGAGGAAAUUUAACACAUGAGCAAGCUGUUCAAAAGUUUCGUUAUUUCGUCACUGAAAAUUCUACGGUUCUGGCAAUUCUUGAUGAGCAACUUGGGAAUGACCAAGACCCACAACCAACAGUUACACUCCUGAUGAGAACACCUCAUGGUCGUCACACUUGGACAGCACAAUUAAGACAUUUACCACGAAGUAAGUCAGGAACGAAAUAUCAUGCAGUGAAUCCCGGCCGUCCAAUCCCCAUGAAUGAUAUGCCGAUGCGACAUGAAAUCGAACCGAAAUUCUUUCCCGACACAGUUGAUCCUGCACGUUUAUUUUUAUCGCAUUUUGGAUUCUUAUCGAUUGGUGAAAAUGUCCAUCAAAAAGCCAACGAACAAUCUUUACUGUCACCAUCAUUGAUUGUCCUUGAUUCAAAGAAAAAUGGUUUCGUUAAUGAUCUUGAUGUACUAGACAAGAUGAGUCCAAGAACAUGUGACACUGUUCACAUCUUUUAUGUUCGCGUUGGACAAUCAAUGGAACAGGAAAUUGUUGAGAAUAUGAGUGAAGACAACAUUGGAUCAUUGGAUGUUAACUUCUGGAGUAUGUUGCAAUCAUUAGGACAAACAGUCGAUGUUGAUGAACAUUGUGGGUGGACUGGCUUCAUAAAUUCAAGUUGGCGUGUUAACAAUUCGAAACCAAGAAAAUCUCGAGAUGGUCGUGGAGCUGCUGGUAGUGACAUGAAUUUUAAUGGAGAAAAGAAAAUCAUUUAUUGGGCAGAUGUUUCAUCAGAAAUUGCUUUUGUUGUUCCGAAUCGUUCAAAUCGAAAUGACAUUGAUAGUUCGGAUGGAUCUUGUCUGUCAGCAGGUCAAUCAAAUGACGUUUGGUACGAAAGAAGCGUCAGCGAACUUCAGAAAUCAGAGAAAGUUCCUUUGAGUAAAAAUCCUCGAGCUUUGUCGUUAGAUAACGAAAAUCUUAAUGCAAACAGAGGUGAACCAGUAGCACCAGCAAGACGACGAACAGGAGCGAAUAAACCAAUCAUUAAUUGGACUCCAAGUGCGAAGAUUAUGUUGGUUUGGUUGGAAUCUUUUGAAGAUUAUUUAACUUUUCCCACGGAUGAUUUAUUGAACUACACAAGAAUUGGUGAUGAAUCGCAUUUAAAUAACGCACAAAGUUCAGCUGAUUGUCACAUUAUUUUCUUGCAUGCCCUCAAUUCGGGAUUGCUUCGUGUGAAGUUGCAAGCACCACAAGGUCGCAUUAAUUUUGCUACACCGCUGGUCGAUGGUAUGAUUGUUAGUAAACGAGUCAUUGGCAGCUUAGUUCGUCAAACUGCAUAUAACAUGGCGAAAAGGAAACGUUUAGAUAGCGAUUCUUAUCAACCACCACAUGUCAGACGACGAUUGAAAGUUCAAGAAAUGAUUCAAAGAUAUAAACUUGACCUAACUGAACCAGAGUUAUUGACAAAUUUGUUUAUUAACAAUUAAUUAAAAUUAAUUUUAUGACCGCUAAUUUAUCUAGAUACUUUAAUUUUAUAAAUUUAAAAUUAUUUUACGUGCGAAAAUAAAACUUCAGAAUUAUUUAUUAAUCGAUCACUAAAAAA